AUGGCAUCGAGCACGAAGAUCUUCUCGCUCGAGGGGAAGGGGUUGAAGCUGGAUACCGCUGCAGAUGUCGAGGCGCAUAUCAAAGCUCUUCGCGAGCAUGACAUCGAGGAGAUCCGACUCCAAGGCAACACCUUGGGUGUGGAAGCGUGCAAGUUACUUGGGGAGAUUGCCAACCUGGCCGACAUAUUCACAGGCCGACUGCUCAACGAGAUCCCCCAAGCCCUCUCCUCCCUCCUUACAGCACUUCUCACGCUCCCUAAACUCCAUACCAUCAACCUGAAUGAUAAUGCCUUUGGUCUGAACACCCAAGCACCACUCGUCGCCUUUCUCUCUUCGCAUGUACCCCUCCAACAUCUCAUCCUCAACAACAACGGACUCGGCCCGCACGCCGGCAUUCUGGUCGCUGAUGCACUUUCCGCCUUACACGCAAAGAAGGAAGAAGCUAGAAAGGCAGGCCAGGAAGUCCCUCUUCUCGAGACUGUAAUCUGUGGUCGGAAUCGUCUCGAGAAUGGCAGCAUGACUGCAUGGGCGAAGGCUUACAGCCUGCACACUGGCGUCAAGGAAGUCAAGAUGGUGCAGAACGGUAUCCGACAAGAGGGAAUCUCACAUUUGCUUACAGACGGUCUGCGACAUGCGAAGGGUAUUAAGGUGUUGGAUCUCCAGGAUAACACUUUUACCAUUCUUGGUGCUAAGGCGCUUGCCACUGUGGCUCCAGGCUGGACGGAGGUUCAAGAGCUUGGGAUUGGGGAUUCUCUCUUGGGCGCUAAGGGAGCGGUUCUUUUUGCGGAUUCGCUGGGUAGGGGGGAGAAUAGGAAGCUUGAACUCUUGAGACUGCAGUAUAACGACAUUACGGCGAAGGGAUUAGAGGCCUUUGCGAAAGCUGCGGUGGAAUCGUUGCCUGCUUUGAAGAAGAUUGAGCUUAACGGUAACAAGUUCUCCGAGGAUGACUUGUCGCUUAUGAAGCUGCGGGAACUCUUGGUCGAUCGCAAAGAGAAGCUUGCCGGUGAUAACAUUAUUGAGGAUGACUGGGGUCUCGACAGCCUCAGUGAUCUUGAAGACGACAGUGACGAUGAGGAUGAGGAUGAGGAUGAUGAAGAGGAUGAUGAAGAGGCAGAAGAGGCUGGGGAGUUGAGAGCCAAGCUACUUGAGGAUGCCGAGGAAGCUCAGGAGGAACUAACCGCCCAGAAGCAAGACAAUGAUGUUGACGAUCUGGCUAAGGCGCUCAAGAAGACUGAGAUCUGA